CGGUAGGAAAAAGAGCCAACACUUCUAUUAUACGAAUGUUGGCAUCCGAGUUAAGAAGUAAAAGCGCAAGAGAGAAGACGUGAAAAAGUUUUUUGCAAGUUUUAAAAAAAUUAAGAAAAUUUCAGUCGCAAAAAUUAGCAGCAAAGCAGGAUUUACAAGUUUAUCCCUGUAUCCGUGAAAACGCUCAACGUGUCCAUCUGGUGGUCUCGAAAACGCGUGCACGCUCCUGCAUCCUGUAGAGUUUUUCAACCGGUGUGGCCUCGGGCCCUCAAAAACCGAAAGGGCGCAACACUCAGCGUAUGAGUCAGCAAAUUCUGUGAUCCUUGUACGUCUCGUCCAAACACCGAGAGAGACCCCCAUCUGAGUCCUGUCGACACAAGUGUGAAAAAAUCAUAAUUGAAGAAAAUAACGAAAACAAAAAUCAAGAGACACUUCUGCUACCCAAGCGAUACCGUUUUGUGUCGUCGUGGUCCCCGGGCUCUAAACCCCGUGAUUGGUGUAGCGCACAUUCAAUUGUACAGAUAAUAAGACUUAUCAAUCGUAAUAUUCAAAGUGCAUGGUGUUAGAGAGAAUUUUUUUAAGUGAUAAGAGACAAGAAACUCAUUAAAACAAGGCAAGUUGAAAAGAAGCAGUGAAGAAGAGAGCAAGACUUUUUUAAUUUAUUAUUUAUACAUUAGCUGUAAAAGGAGCAUCAAGAAAAUAAAAUCACAACACAAGUCAAAAGUGAUUGAAGAUUGACGUGUGAUAAACACAGCUAGGAGCAGAAAGAAAGCAAAUGGUACUAAGAUAACAGCGAUUAAAAGUUUACCGAGAGCUGCAAUAAAGACCUGUUGUAGUGUUGAAAAAAGUAAAUUUAAAGUGUAAACGAACAUAAAGAAAAAUAGUUUUAAAGAGUUAAUCAAUAACAAAAGCAAGGAUCUGAAGAGCGGGUUUUUAAGUAACAUUGAUAAAGGUUAUCAUCCAUUUGUGGUUUUAAACACGAUCGUGAAAUUCGUUAAUAAGUGUAAACAGCAAAAGAAUCGGUAGCGGAAACGUCGAAACACAAUCCAUUACACUAGAACCGCUACAAUCAUGAUGACUGAAACGCUUAACUCUAAUAAUCAUCUUGGCCAGAAAGGCGAGAACAAAAUGGAUGACAUGGGAUGGAAAGCCAAACUCAAAUUACCGCCCAAAGAUACUAGGAUUAAGACUAGCGAUGUAACGGAUACUCGGGGUAACGAAUUUGAAGAGUUUUGCUUAAAGCGUGAACUGCUGAUGGGCAUCUUCGAAAAGGGCUGGGAGAAACCGUCUCCGAUUCAGGAAGCAGCCAUCCCGAUCGCACUAGUGGGUAAGGACGUCUUGGCGAGAGCCAAGAAUGGUACCGGCAAAACGGGCGCGUACAGCAUCCCUGUACUAGAACAAAUCGAUCCAACCAAGGAUUAUAUCCAGGCGUUGAUCAUCGUGCCAACACGUGAACUGGCACUGCAAACAUCACAGAUUUGCAUUGAACUUGCGAAGCACAUGCAUAUCCGGGUGAUGGUGACCACUGGUGGUACCAACCUGAAAGAUGAUAUUAUGAGAAUUUAUCAAAAAGUUCAAGUGAUCAUCGCCACGCCCGGUCGUAUACUGGACUUGAUGGACAAGGAAGUGGCGAAUAUGGCCAACUGCCGUAUGUUAGUAUUAGACGAGGCGGACAAGCUACUGUCGCAAGACUUCAAGGGCAUGCUGGAUCAUGUCAUUAUGAAAUUGCCAAAAGAACGCCAGAUUUUGCUGUUCUCGGCGACAUUCCCACUGAGCGUGAAGAACUUCAUGGAAAAACACUUGCGCGAGCCAUACGAGAUCAAUCUGAUGGAGGAACUCACCCUGAAGGGUGUUACACAAUACUAUGCAUUCGUACAGGAGCGACAGAAAGUGCAUUGCCUCAACACACUUUUCUCCAAGCUGCAAAUUAACCAGUCAAUCAUUUUUUGCAAUUCGACACAACGUGUCGAACUGCUGGCGAAGAAGAUUACUGAGCUCGGCUACUGUUGCUACUAUAUUCACGCCAAGAUGCAACAGGCACACAGAAAUCGCGUUUUCCAUGACUUCCGAUCCGGAUUGUGCCGGAACCUGGUCUGCUCCGAUCUCUUCACCCGAGGUAUCGACGUACAGGCUGUGAAUGUUGUUAUUAAUUUUGAUUUCCCCAAGAUGGCAGAAACCUAUCUGCACAGAAUCGGUAGAUCCGGACGAUUCGGACACCUCGGUAUUGCCAUCAAUCUAAUCACCUACGAAGAUCGAUUCGAUCUUCACCGUAUCGAGAAAGAACUGGGCACAGAAAUCAAACCGAUCCCUAAGGUGAUCGAUCCGGCCCUGUACGUGCCCCGGCCGGAGGAUCAGAACAGCACGCAGGAAGAACAGAACAUUAGUAAAUAAGUCCCCAAACACCCUCCAAGUCAACUCAACCAACCUACCAUUUUUCAAUUAUAAUGAACACUACAUCUCAGCCAUGCGGCCAAGGAAUGGUUGCGUUCUUUUCAUAUUUUACCGGCCAUAGAGAUGGGAUAAGAAACUGUAAGCGAAGCAAUGAAAAAAUAACGAAAGCAAAAGAAAGCCAGGAUAAGAAUUCGCUGUUAAGUUGAUCAACUUGACUGAUGGAAGGUGGCCUCCAAGACUGGAUGUGCUGAGGUGUAGAUCACCUACACACAUACUAAAAGAGAAAUGGAGUCUUCAAUUUAUUACACAUUUUUGUUCUACGAAAACUUUUUAAAUCGUUCUAUUGGAAAAAGCAAAACAUAUUGGUGAAUUCGAUCAUCCUUUGCCAGAGACUAACACAAAAAUCAAGAAACCACUGAAAACGAAACAACUUACAAAACAACUAUUGUGAAGGCGAGAAUUGAGUGCCGGCUGAAAUCUGCGGGGAUGGAUCGAACGAGUGGGAUCGCGUGAAUGUGGCACGAGUGUACGAGUGUGCUGAAUGCGCUGAAGAUAGAAAGCAGUCCGUUAAUUGUGUGAAUCCAACCAACCAACUCUUAUCAUUUAAACAUCGUUAUUAGCGUGUAUAUUGAUGAACUCUAAGGACUUUAGGAGCAUACACACUUUUUUACAACUGAAGUCAGUGUAAGUAGAAGGAGUCUUAAAGACAGUCAAAAGGCGCUAGCAUAGGUAUCAUCAUUCUGUCAAAAGUUGAAACACAGAGCUUCAUUAACAAAACAGUGUUUGUAUAUAGAUAUUUUGAAACUUCGCGGAAAAGCUAGCUUGGUGUAAGGAGAAAAAAAACCACACUACACUUAAAAUCGGAUAGUAAGCUCUGUCUCCAGCUUUUGUCAGACACGAUCCAUGUCUAAAAACAAACAAUGUCCUCUUUACAAUGCCACAAAAACGAUAGGUCAGAGUUACUACUUACAAACGAAAGAAGAGCGCGUAUGAGACAGUGUAGUUGCAAAACAAAUGGCACGAUUUUUAUAGUAAAGAAAUAAUGGGGAAGAGGAAAAUAUAUACAAAACAACGGAAUUAUAAA